AACCUCUUGAACUCUGGCCACGCCCUAGGACCCACCGGUGGGUCCGCGGGGAGGUCAUCAUACUAUUUUUAAAAAAUCUAUAAACUGUGAAGCACAAAACUAGUCAUAUAUGGUAUUUUUUGAAAGCGUAGAACCUCUGCUUUCUUGCAAGUCCCAUGGUAUUUGCAUUAAUUUUACAUAAAAGAAAAUAAUAAGGUAUAAAUUCGUUCUUCCACAACCACCCCCCCCUUGAGAAAAUCAGAUGAAUAAUGUUCAUAUUUCAUAUUUAUAGCACACAAACUCACCAAACAUGGACAAGUCACACAUCAAAUGAAAGCUCUCACUCUCAGGAAUGUCACUGUGUACUUUAUUUCACCGAUCUUAUACAUUACAGUGACAUAACAAAUAAUAAUUUUCAAAAGAAUCACGAAAACUGAAAUUACUUAUGUGAACAAGCAAACGUAUGCGUCAUAUUUCUGCGCUGAUAACUACAUCUGUGCUCACAUACUAGCCUAAAAUCCUAUAUCAGCUUUUACAUUAGGUUGUUUUCUUCAAAAUGAGAGCAUUCUCGUGUGUCUGUGAGCAUGCAUGGCUAAACGGCACUAUAAUAUGUCUCAGAUGCGCAGAUCAAAACAUGCAAUGCAGCGUAAAACAUGACCAGUAUUUGUAUUGACUCUCUUUGAUUCCUUUCGACUUGCAAUGACGUCAUCACGCAGUGCGUCCUAUGUCAUGAAAGCUGACAGCCUCCCCUCUCCAUAGACACAUCGAUCAAGCUUCUAGACCAUUCAGAGCCCGAGUUGUUCCUUUCCAAAGUUGAGGAGGUGGGACUAAAGAAAACGCCGCAAACGGGCGCAGAUGAUUAUUGAUGAGUUGAUCGGAAGUUGGUUUGUGAUUUUGGAUAGCGUUUUAGCGAAUUAUUGCGUGCUUUUAUUACUGUUAGAGUUAUAUGUCUCUGAAAAAUGACUUCAAGAAAGUUUUUUGUUGGUGUGGAGGCGGCUUUGGAGGAGUUUGAUCGGAUGUCCGACACUGAAACUUGCAGCGAGGCUAGCUAGCUUUGACUCGGUCAGAGAAGCUGCUUACAAACUGGGAGAAGACCCUGAUUUUGAUUGUAGCAUCCAGUGGUGAAGAAUGGGAGCCAGCAAGUCAGGAUACUUAUCUUGUGUGUGUGUGUGUGUGUGUGUAAAAUAAAAUGCAAGAACAGAACUUUGCCUUAUUUUGCUUAUUAUAUGACAUGAGUUUUUUUAUGGAAUUAAUCUUGUGCCAAUAAAAAUGAACGUAUCUUUUCAAGAAACUAAUGAAAAUAUAAAUUGAAACUGAAUAAAAUAUCUUUGAAACUGAAAAAGAAUAACUCGCUGGCAAAUUAAUUGGCUUCGUUUUUAAUACACUGCAUGUUUUGCUAACUAUUUCUCAUAUUUCUUUCGCUGAUCUGAACUUACAAAUGCGCUUCCAGAGUUUUCAUUUACGCUUCUGAUUUUUUCGUUUACGCUUCUGAAGUUUUCGUUCGCAAUUCUGACACAAACCUACCGUGUGGGCGGGCUUAACAGCGGUUUGCUCUCAUUGGCUGGUGAGAUUUAGAUUGACGGCUCCUUGAACCGGAAAGAGAGACUUCAGCGGCGCGAAUUUUGAGUUCUGUGUAACAUCAACAAUAUUUAUAAAACCAAGAUGAGUAAUCAGGAGCGGCACGGAGCGUCAUCAACAUCCUCAACCGCAGGGCAUUCGAGGCAGCCUGAGGGCCAAAGAGAAAUGUCACUUCUCCAGGAACAAGUGCAAGAGGAUAUCUUGCAGCGUAUGCUAACCAAGUUUAACUUGAUUUGUCGGAAUGAAGCUAUAGAUUUGGAUUACCUCCUGGAUGUUGCUCAGCAAGAACUUGCUUUGGCUAUUAAUGCAUCAAAUCAUGUUAACAUCCCAGAUAAUUUAAUUAUGGGUCUACAGGAGUUAAUCAACGUAGUUAAUAUAUCUCUGAAUUUGGAAGAGACUUCAGGAAACGCAUCAGAAAUUGUAACUUACACCUGGGGAAACCUGGGACGCCCACGUUUGGAAAUCAGCAGGGAUGACCUUAAAGAACUUCUCACUACUGCUCUUCCUGUAAAAACUCUUGCACAGCUCUGUGGUGUUUCCAGAAGAACAAUGAACAGAAGACUGAAGGAGCAGUCCCUCUCUGUCAGAGGCUGCUAUUCCAGCAUAUCAGAUAAUGAACUUGAUCGUGUGGUGAGAUCAAUAAAAAUAAGAAUGCCCCAUGCCGGUUACAGGCUAGUGAAAGGGGAACUUUUGGCUAGAGGACACCGCAUACAAUGGCACAGGGUGAAGGCCAGUAUGCAACGGGUGGAUGGAGCUGGAAUUUUGGCCAGAAUGUUCCAGCUUGGUUUUGUAGCUCGUAGAAGUUAUUCCGUUCCUGCUCCAUUGUCCUUAGUUCAUGUGGAUACCAACCAUAAACUAAUCACAUUCAACAUUGUGAUAUUUGGUGGGAUUGAUGGAUUCUCAAGGAAGAUCCUGUAUCUUGAUGCUGCUGCAAACAACAAAGCAUCGACUGCUUUCUCAUUUUUUUUGGAGGGUAUCCACAAACAUGGGUGGCCAUCGAGAGUACGUGGUGACCAGGGAGUUGAAAAUGUGGACAUCGCUCGUUGCAUGUUUUCAGUACGAGGAACGGGCCGAGGCAGUUUCAUUUCUGGAAAAAGUGUGCAUAAUCAAAGAAUUGAGCGUCUGUGGUGUGAUGUUUGGUCAGCCGUCUCUUGUAAAUAUUAUGAAGUCCUGCAUACAAUGGAAGAAGAGCGAGUGCUUGAUCUAUCCGAUGAGCUGCACCUCUUUUGUGUGCACUAUGCAAUUCUUCCACGGUUGAAAUCGGACCUGAAGGGCUUCACGGGGAGCUGGAACAACCAUCCGAUCAGAACAGAGGGAAAUCUUUCACCAGAACAGCUUUGGUACAUCGGAAUGUUACAGACACCAGUGGAUGAGCCAGAUAUAGAGGUGGUGGAGCAACUUUUUCGAGAGGAAACUGCUGAUACUGACCCAGAGGAUGGUGUGGUGGUGCCAGAGAUCCAUUGCCCUUUUUCUGACCAAAAACUUGCCGUUCUGCGUGGAUUAAUUAAUCCCUUGACAUCACCAUUGAAUGACAGGGAGCUCUAUGUCCAGACACUUUCUAUCAUCAAAAGAUUGUGCUCUAUUUAACAUUUAAAUGUUUAAGUAAAACACUCAGAAGUACACAUGCAGUUCUGUCAGAAUUUUAAUUAAAGAAAUUCAGUUAUUUGCCAGUAAAACAUUUAAUUUUAUACAAUGCUGUAAAACAUGUAACCAUUCAGAAGCAUGUAAAGUUAUUAACACGUUGAACAUUGUAUCUCUGAACUUUAAAGAUUAAAUUAAAACUAUUGAGAGAUGUGGA